CCAUGAUGCCUGCCACCGUGAAUGUCAACCGGCUUGCGACUCACAUGCCUAAUCUGAAAUCGAGUUCGGUUUAUUCUCUAACCGUUUUUGAUGUUACUCGAUGUAACCAAAAUUAUCGGCUAUCGGACUCUGCCCUGCUAAUCCGUUUUAGCGACUCAAACUCUUUCAAUGAGGUCAAACCGGCCGUUCUGAUACCUCUUGAAUUUUUCUGGCUCCGCCAUAAUCACAGUGAUAUGCUUUGUGUUGCCAACACAAACACUCAGUUUCUAGGUAAUGUUUCUCUUAUAUGUUCUUCUGACUAUCGGAUUAGAUAUAUAAUUAUCUUCUAUCCACAGACCUUAUUGGUGAGAUAACUGUUGUGAUGAGUACUGUCACUGACCCUUCUCAGGAUAAGAACUGUGUUAUGGCAACCAUUAAGAUGGACAAGUAAGUUAUUUGAACUAUAUUUUUUGGUCGAUUGUUUAAAUAUAAUAACUACAGUUUUCUCACCAAUAUUCUAUCCAAUAUUCUAUCUUCGCAUGUUAUCAGUGACAUGUAUGUGACCAUGAGUCUCUUCGACUCUCAGGCUGUUAAGAUCCACAAUCAACAAGAAACAAUGCGAGGUAAUCCAAGGGUUGUGGUUGCAACCAGUGUCAACCCCAAGAUGGUGGGAGGUAAGCAACCAAACUGAAACUACAUGGCCAUCCGUUAAAUGAUUGUUAGAGCAUUUACUCCCUAUUCGUCCUGCAGGUCGUCUGUUUUUGAAUGCCACCUCCGGCACACACAUAUACUUUCACAAGGAAACAACUGCAGGGGAGAGUUUUUUCUACAUGUAACUUCUUGAGAAUCAUUGGCUUUAUACAUUCACUAAUUCUGUGAGAUUCCAAAUGUAUAUCGAUAAGUCUAACAACUUUAUAUUCAAUUAUGCAGGUUGGUCGCAUAAGACACUGGGCUUACACCAGCAUCUCCACUGCUAAGGGGAUAUGCUAAGGUGGAAUCCCUGAGCAUAGCCGAGCUCAAUAAUUUUUUCACAACUGCUCCCUCGCAGGUAUGUCAACCAUGUUUGUAAUGCUUAAAUGCUGAAUGUGUACGUUUCUGUGUGUCAUUAUGGUUUUUGAACAAUGUAGGAAAUUGAUUUUGUCUGUACCGGAAGAGUGACUGGAAUAAAGAUGGAGAAGGAAUGGUGCUAUGUUUCCUGCUCUAACUGUGACAAGAAACUUUAGCGCACUGUCUCAUCUUUCACAUGUCUGCCUUGCAACAAUACUAAUGCAGUUAGUGUUCUCCGGUCUGUACUAAUUAUCAGCAGCUUAUUCAGUAACAUUGAACUUCUGACCUAACACAAAAUCACCUUUGGGAUUUGAUACAUGUUCUCUGUCUACUAGAUACCGUGCGGAGAUGUCCGUUGCAGAUGAAACUGGUGAAGCUUUGUUUGUCUGUUUCGAUGGGGUAUUGACGAAACUGCACAACACGAGAGCCUUAUACAAUUUAAACAAAUGAUACAUGCUAAUACGACUCCAAUCUCAUUAUAAUUCAGGUUUUCUUAUUCAACUCCUUGUCGUUAUAUUUAAAACUGUUUUGACUAACAAAUCGUUAGUCAACCGUUAAAUUGAGAUGAGUAAUCUUUUCUACAUAAAAAUAUCCGCUUUCCACUAAUGCUCACUAUACCGCACUAGCUCAGUUGAUAAAUAACUAAAUUUACUUUGUUACAAUACUUUUUUGCAUUAUAUAAAAUCUUUAACCCUUCUUCUUCCCCAUUAUCUUUGACGUACACGAACAUGAGGUUGUCACCGCACUCAUCAAGUUUUUCCGACCAAGGUGAUUUCGGUGAGACAGUGAGUUUUGGAAGGACUGAAGCACUUUCCGCUUCAGUCAUUUAUUUGCCGCCACUACCUACGGUGAGGAGAUUGACUGGAACCGCAUUGUGAUCCAGAGGAUUAAUCGAUAUAUUAGGAGGUAAGGGAGAUGGUGAGGAUUGAGGAGGAGUUACAUGUGAUGCUGAACAAGAAAGGAGGCAAUGAGCGAUUCUCAGAAAAUGUACGGGAGAUGCUGGAUGAGGAGAUAGGAGAGAGAAGGCGAUGUUGGGAGGAGAGAUGAGAGUGAGGGCUAUGCUGAGAGGAGAGAGGAGAGAGAGGGUAAUUUUAGGAGGAGAGAGGAGAUAGAGGGCGAUGUUGAGAGGAUAAAAAGUGGACGAUGCUGUAUCGAUCACUCUUGGCUCUAUCUCUUUUCUUCUGUUAUCCUUUGAUGGUUUCAUAUAUUCUUACUCAGUUUCCCAAAGCUGUUUCGAUUUGUUUAACGAAAAAUAUGCAUAAAUACAAAAUUUCAAGCUUGAAGCUUCCAUUACAAGCUUAAAAUAGUCAAUUAUCUUAAUCAACAGAUGUGUCUAUCUGUCUCCAUCAAGCUUAUUGAAACCAUUUUGAUCCCAAAUCUUAUUGUUGGCAAAAAUAAAUUUCAAUUCUUUUGCUAAUUUUUCACAAAUUUUGUUGGCCUCCAAUGAAAAUUUAGAAUAUUAUAGUAAGAAUUAGGUUUCAAAUGAGAGAAAAAGAACGAAAACAAUUUAGUAGCCUUGUUGAGCAAAAUAACUUUCUUCUUUCAAGGAUCAUAAGAUAAACCUAUUUUUUAACUAUUGACAUUUCUUUUGUUACACCGGGUCUGCAAUUUCCGCCGUUAGAUUAUGGUCUCCAACUUUAGCUGUUAAAUUAUAAUUUUAAUUCCUGAAACAUCCUCAUUGUCCAAUGAAUUUAUACUAUUUGCCAUAGCACCUUAAACCUUUACAGUUUACAAAGUACGCAAUAAAUUUGAUAGUUAUAUUACCUUAAAUUUUGAUUCGCGUAAAAAGCUAUAGAGUCUAAAUGGUUUAGAUGUUUGGAAAUCAUAUAUGCUAUUUCUUUUCUACAAAAUUUUUUAAUUUUUAUUUGUAAACAUAUGUGUGAAGUACUAUGUUUUAAUUUUAACUAAACAAAACUAAACUAAACUAAACAUAGCGCAUUGUGUUUUUAUAGCUAACAUAUAACAAAUUAAAUCAAACUCUUUACCAACAUGUUAGCCAAAAUGUUAAAAUCUAACUAUUUUGAAUCAUAAGUGGAGAUAAUCCUAAUCAUUUUUUUGUAUAUAUUAAUGAGUCUCGGAAAUCAUAUAAUAUAUACCUCGUCAUUAAGUUAGUAUAACAUUUAUUCAAUGCUCAUACACUAAUUUUAUUAACACAAACAAGAUAUUUAUUAUAUAAAAAGAUAGAUAGUGAAUACAAUUAUUUUUAUCUCCUUUGUAAAAAAUGGAAGUAUUAUGAAAAUUAUUCAGACUUAAACUGGUUUAAAAAUUAGAUGAAAAUAUAUAAAUAAAUAUGAUGGUUUUAGAUUUACAUUAUUUACAAAAAAUAAAAUAAAAUCAUAUUCAGACAUUUUUUAAGAUAUAAUGAAUUGAAAAAAAAAAUCAACAACCAACCUACAUCGAUUUAGAUUUUUGGCAUAAAAUCUGUUAUUAUCCAAAUUUAAAUUAAAAAUCAGGAUAAAUGAUUUUGUAUUGGUUAAAAAUUCACAAAAUUAGUUAAAAGAUAAACAAAUUUAUACUUAAAAAAUAUGGCAGUUACAAUUUUGUUUUUUUCGGAAUAUCUAUAAUUAUCCAUAUUAUCUUUAGGUAACGAUUUUAUAUCCCUAUAAAAGAUUUGUUUCCUUUCACAUUUCUUCAUUCAAAAACCAUUCUUCUAAGUAAAUAUGGUUUCUCUAAGAUUUCUUUUAUGUUUUCUUUUCGUAAGUAGUGCUUAUGCCACAAUCGUUUCUCAUGAUGGUCGAGCCAUUACCAUUGAUGGUCACCGCAGAGUUCUCCUUUCCGGUUCGAUCCAUUAUCCUAGAAGCACUCCUGAGAUGUGGCCAGAUCUUAUCAAAAAAGGUAAAGAAGGAGGUCUUGAUGCGAUCGAAACAUAUGUCUUCUGGAAUGCGCAUGAGCCUACUCGCCGUCAAUAUGAUUUUUCUGGAAAAUUAGAUCUUAUUCGAUUCCUGAAAACCAUUCAAGAUGAAGGAUUGUAUGGUGUUCUUCGAAUAGGACCAUAUGCAUGUGCCGAGUGGAAUUACGGAGGAUUCCCAGUGUGGCUGCACAACAUGCCUGGAAUGGUGUUCAGAACUACAAAUAAAUCAUUUAUGGAUGAGAUGCAAAACUUCACAACUAUGAUAGUAGACAUGGUCAAGAAAGAAAAAUUAUUUGCAUCACAAGGAGGCCCAAUUAUUCUUGCUCAGAUAGAAAAUGAGUAUGGAAAUGUAAUGGGACCCUAUGGAGAAUCGGGUAAAGCAUACAUUAAGUGGUGUGCAAACAUGGCUCAGUCUCUUGAUGUUGGUGUUCCAUGGAUAAUGUGUCAACAAAAUGAUGCUCCUCAGCCUAUGUUGAAUACAUGUAAUGGAUUUUAUUGCGACAAUUUUGUACCAAACAAUCCCAACACCCCUAAAAUGUGGACUGAAAAUUGGACCGGAUGGUUUAAGCAAUGGGGUGGUAAAAAUCCCCAUAGAACAACCGAAGAUGUUGCAUUUUCUGUUGCAAGAUUCUUCCAAAGAGGAGGAACUUUUAAUAAUUAUUAUAUGUACCAUGGAGGCACCAACUUUGACAGAACCGCAGGUGGUCCAUACAUCACAACUUCAUAUGAUUAUGAUGCUCCCCUUGACGAAUAUGGUAAUUUGAAUCAACCAAAAUACGGACAUUUAAAACAACUUCAUGAUGUUCUUCACUCUAUGGAGAGAACUCUCACAUACGGAAACAUCUCCACCAUUGACUUUGGAAACUCUGCAUCGGCAACAAUUUAUAAAACCGAAGAAGGAUCAAGCUGCUUUUUUGGAAAUGGAAAUGAAAAUUCAGAUGCAAAAAUUAGUUUCCAAGGAGAAUCUUAUGUUGUCCCGGCUUGGUCUGUUACCAUUUUACCGGAUUGCAAAAACGAGGCUUAUAACACCGCAAAGAUUACCACUCAGACUUCAAUGAUGGUUAAGAAACCAAAUGAAGCUGAGGAUACCCCUUCAACUCUGAAAUGGUCAUGGAGACCAGAGAACGUGGACAACUUCAUUUUGAAAGGAAAAGGAGAUUCUACACAGACACAACUAUUUGAUCAGAAAGUAGUAACCAAUGACCAAAGUGAUUAUCUAUGGUACAUGACUACUGUUAAGUUUAAAAAACGAGAUCUAUUUUUGGGUAAAAGCAUGUCUCUUCGCGUCAACAGUACUGCUCAUGCCCUUCACGCUUUUGUCAAUGGAAAACAUAUUGGUAAUCAACACGCUGAGAAUGGAAAAUUUAACUAUGUAUUUGAGAAAGAUGUGAAGUUUAAGUCUGGUCGUAAUGUCAUUGCUCUUCUUAGCAUAACUGUGGGACUUGCCAACUAUGGUGCUUUUUUUGAAAGUAAGCCAGCUGGAAUCACUGGACCCAUUUUUAUUACUGGAAGAAAUGGUGAUGAAACUAUAGUUAAGGACUUGUCUGCUCAUAAAUGGAGCUAUAAAACCGGUUUAAAUGGGUUUGAGAACCAAUUCUUUAGAACGGAAUCAAUGUCUAAAUGGUCAGUUGAAAGUGUACCGUUUAACCGAAGCAUGACUUGGUAUAAGGCUACAUUCAAGGCUCCCUUGGGAAAUGAUCCUGUUGUUGUCGAUCUUAUGGGACUUGGAAAAGGUACAGCUUGGGUUAAUGGAAACAACAUUGGACGUUAUUGGCCGGCAUUCAUUUCAAGCGAAAAUGGUUGUGAUGCAAAAUGUAAUUAUAGAGGAGCUUAUCAUGCUGAAAAAUGUCUAACCAAUUGUGGAGAACCCACACAAAGAUGGUACCAUGUUCCUCGUUCUUUCUUAAAUGGAGAAGGAGAUAACACACUAGUUUUGUUUGAGGAGAUGGGAGGAAAUCCAUCGCUUGUCAGUUUCCAAACUACUAGAGUGGGAAGUGUAUGUGCUAACGUCUAUGAGAAUAAAAUUAUUGAGCUUUCAUGCGAUAGAAAACCCAUUUCUGCCAUCAAAUUUGCAUCAUUUGGUAACCCAUAUGGCAAUUGUGGAUCUUUUGAAAAAGGAACUUGUGAAUCAAGUAACAACACAGUUGAUAUUCUCACACAAGAAUGUGUUGGAAAAGAGAAGUGUUCCAUUGAUGUCUCUACGAAAAAGUUUGGAGCACCAGAUUGCAGUGGUGCUGCUAGAAAGCUCGCUGUCGAAGUUAUCUGCUAAAUGUUUUUCUAAAUUUAUGGUGUUUUCUUUAUCAUAUUUUCAAAUUAUGCUAUAUUGUUUUACAAAGAUUUAAGUCUUUUUAAUCUUUAUUUGUGGUUGUUUUAUUCAAUAAAAGAACACAUUCUUAUAUGCAUUUUACAUAGUCAUCUUCUUUUCCCAAAACAAUCAAGUUCAUUUCUUCUCCAAUAUCCUCACUCUUUCUGAAAAAUUGAAAAAUUGUUAAUAUUUAUUGUUUUCUAUUUAAUAUAUAACACUGGUUAAAUUGCACUAUCUUAAUUGGUAAAUAACUAAUUUUAGUUUUUUAAGAUACACGAGUUCAAGUUUUAUUGUGACUUUUUUUUAUUAAAUAAAAUCUUGAGCUUACAACUAAUCACAUAAAAUGAUAGAGAAAAGAAAUAUCAAAUUUGAAAGCAUAACAGAGUAAUUUAAAGAAAUAAUAUAUAAAUACAUGAAGAAUAAAGACUAUAUAUCUUAAAUAGUAUAUUACAUUUUUAUAAUUUUUCACUCUGCGUAAGAUGUGAAACUUAUAUUAGUAGUCUAACUAAUCUAAUUAAUUAUAUAAACCAAAUAAGCUACAUUGGAAAUAGGCAACUUUAACAUAUUUUAAAUAUAUAUAAAUCUUUUAUUUAUGUAUCAAAAUCUUAUAUCAACUUCUGAACUUCUGUAUGUCUUUAUUCUGAAUAAUCAUAGUACACAAUUUAUUGUAUUUUUUAUUUCGUGUUAUUAAUUUCAACAUUUUUAGUAUACAC